GCCCCCCGCCCCAGCCCCCGGCAUGGGCAGGACGUGGCCGCCGGGGCGGGCGCCGAGCGCUGAGCGCUGAGGGUCUCCCAUGGGAUUGCUGGGACCUUGCUGGGUGAGAUGGCACUGUGUGCAAAAAAGCGCCCCCCAGAAGAAGAAAGGAGGGCGCGGGCCAAUGACCGAGAAUACAAUGAGAGAUUCCAGUAUGCGAGUAACUGCAUCAAGACCUCCAAGUACAAUAUUCUCACCUUCCUGCCUGUCAACCUCUUUGAGCAGUUCCAGGAAGUUGCCAAUACCUACUUCCUGUUCCUUCUCAUUCUGCAGUUGAUCCCACAGAUCUCCUCCCUCUCCUGGUUCACCACCAUUGUGCCUUUGGUUCUUGUCCUCACAAUCACAGCUGUUAAAGACGCCACUGAUGACUAUUUCCGCCACAAGAGUGAUAACCAGGUGAAUAACCGUCAGUCUCAGGUGCUGAUCAAUGGAAUCCUCCAGCAAGAGCAGUGGAUGAAUGUCUGUGUUGGUGAUAUUAUCAAGCUAGAAAAUAACCAGUUUGUGGCGGCGGAUCUCCUCCUCCUUUCCAGCAGUGAGCCCCAUGGGCUGUGUUACAUAGAGACAGCAGAACUCGAUGGAGAGACCAACAUGAAAGUACGGCAGGCGAUUCCAGUCACCUCGGAAUUGGGAGACAUCAGUAAGCUUGCCAAGUUUGAUGGUGAAGUGAUCUGCGAACCUCCCAACAAUAAGCUGGACAAAUUCAGCGGAACCCUCUACUGGAAGGAGAACAAGUUCCCCCUGAGCAACCAGAACAUGCUGCUGCGGGGCUGCGUGCUGCGAAACACCGAGUGGUGCUUCGGGCUGGUCAUCUUCGCAGGUCCUGACACUAAGUUGAUGCAGAACAGCGGCAGGACAAAAUUCAAGAGAACAAGUAUUGAUCGCCUAAUGAAUACACUGGUGCUCUGGAUUUUUGGAUUUCUGGUCUGCAUGGGGGUGAUCCUAGCCAUUGGCAAUGCCAUCUGGGAGCACGAGGUUGGGACACGCUUCCAGGUCUACCUGCCCUGGGAUGAGGCGGUGGACAGUGCCUUCUUCUCUGGCUUCCUCUCCUUCUGGUCCUACAUCAUCAUCCUCAACACCGUCGUGCCCAUAUCGCUCUAUGUCAGCGUGGAGGUCAUCCGCCUGGGCCACAGCUACUUCAUCAACUGGGACAAGAAGAUGUUCUGCAUGAAGAAGCGGACGCCCGCGGAGGCCCGCACCACCACCCUGAACGAGGAGCUGGGCCAGGUGGAGUACAUCUUCUCCGACAAGACAGGCACCCUCACCCAGAACAUCAUGGUCUUCAACAAGUGCUCCAUCAACGGCCGCAGCUACGCUCCAGGCAGUAGGGGAGCUCCUAGGCUGUUUGAAGAGAAGCCCAAGACACUGGCCCCUGGGCACCCCAGCCAGGUUGGACCUUGUCAGCCCUGCUGGAGUCUAGACUCUCCCUGUGUUGCUGUCCAGAGCCCUUGUGACGUGUUCGAUGUCCUGGGCCACAAAGCUGAAUUGGGAGAGAGGCCUGAACCCGUCAACUUCUCCUUCAAUCCUCUGGCUGACAAGAAGUUCUUAUUUUGGGACCCUACCCUCUUGGAGGCUGUCAAAAUGGGGGACCCACACACGCACGAGUUCUUCCGCCUCCUUUCCCUGUGUCACACCGUCAUGUCAGAAGAAAAGAACGAAGGGGAGCUGUACUACAAAGCCCAGUCGCCAGAUGAGGGGGCUCUGGUCACCGCAGCCAGGAACUUUGGUUUCGUAUUCCGCUCUCGUACACCCAAGACCAUCACUGUCCACGAGAUGGGCACAGCCAUCACCUACCAGCUGCUGGCCAUCCUGGACUUUAACAACAUCCGCAAACGGAUGUCAGUCAUAGUGCGGAAUCCAGAGGGGAAGAUCCGACUGUACUGCAAAGGGGCUGACACCAUCUUGCUGGACAGACUCCACCACUCCACCCAAGAGCUCCUCAACACCACCACUGACCACCUGAAUGAGUACGCGGGCGAAGGGCUGAGGACCCUGGUCCUGGCCUACAAGGAUCUGGAUGAAGAGUACUACGAGGAGUGGGCCGAGAGACGGCUCCAGGCCAGCCUGGCCCAGGACAGCCGGGAGGACCGGCUGGCCAGCGUCUACGAGGAGGUUGAGAGCGACAUGAUGCUGCUGGGCGCCACGGCCAUUGAGGAUAAGCUUCAGCAAGGGGUUCCAGAGACCAUCGCCCUCCUGACGCUGGCCAACAUCAAGAUCUGGGUGCUGACAGGGGACAAGCAAGAGACGGCCGUGAACAUUGGCUAUUCCUGCAAGAUGCUGACAGACGACAUGACGGAGGUGUUCAUCGUCACUGGCCACACAGUCCUGGAAGUGCGGGAGGAGCUCAGGAAAGCCCGGGAGAAGAUGAUGGACUCGUCCCGCACUGUAGGCAACGGCUUCACCUACCAGGAGAAGCUUUCUUCUUCCAAGCUCACUUCUGUCCUGGAAGCCGUGGCUGGGGAGUACGCCCUGGUCAUCAACGGGCACAGCCUGGCCCAUGCGUUAGAGGCAGACAUGGAGCUGGAGUUUCUGGAGACAGCCUGUGCCUGCAAAGCUGUCAUCUGCUGCCGGGUGACCCCCUUGCAGAAGGCACAAGUGGUGGAACUGGUUAAGAAGUACAAGAAGGCUGUGACCCUUGCCAUCGGGGAUGGAGCCAACGAUGUCAGCAUGAUCAAAACGGCUCACAUUGGUGUGGGCAUCAGUGGGCAGGAAGGGAUCCAGGCUGUCCUGGCCUCCGAUUACUCCUUCUCCCAGUUCAAGUUCCUGCAACGCCUCCUGCUGGUGCAUGGGCGCUGGUCCUACCUGCGCAUGUGCAAGUUCCUCUGCUAUUUCUUUUACAAGAACUUCGCUUUCACCAUGGUCCACUUCUGGUUUGGCUUCUUCUGCGGCUUCUCGGCCCAGACCGUCUAUGACCAGUAUUUCAUCACCCUUUAUAACAUCGUGUAUACCUCCCUCCCAGUCCUGGCUAUGGGGGUCUUCGAUCAGGAUGUCCCGGAGCAGCGGAGCAUGGAGUACCCUAAGCUGUACGAGCCAGGCCAGCUGAACCUCCUCUUCAACAAGCGGGAAUUUUUCAUCUGCAUCGCCCAGGGCAUCUACACAUCUGUGCUCAUGUUCUUCAUCCCCUAUGGGGCGUUUGCUGAGGCCACCCGCGAUGAUGGCACCCAGCUGGCUGACUACCAGUCCUUUGCGGUCACCGUGGCCACUUCGCUGGUCAUCGUGGUCAGUGUGCAGAUUGGGCUGGAUACCGGCUACUGGACGGCCAUCAACCACUUCUUCAUCUGGGGCAGCCUGGCGGUUUACUUUGCUAUCCUCUUUGCCAUGCACAGCAAUGGGCUCUUCGACAUGUUUCCAAACCAAUUCCGGUUUGUGGGUAAUGCCCAGAACACUCUGGCCCAGCCCACCGUGUGGCUGACCAUCGUGCUCACCACAGUCGUCUGCAUCAUGCCUGUGGUCGCCUUUCGGUUCCUCAGGCUGAACCUGAAGCCGGAUCUCUCAGACACGGUCCGCUACACCCAGCUGGUGAGGAAGAAGCAGAAGGCCCAGCACCGCUGCAUGAGGCGGGUGGGUCGCACGGGUUCCCGGCGCUCCGGCUACGCCUUCUCCCACCAGGAGGGCUUCGGGGAGCUCAUCAUGUCUGGCAAAAACAUGCGGCUCAGCUCCCUGGCGCUCUCUGGCUUCACCACCCGCUCCAGCUCCAGCUGGAUUGAGAGCCUGCGCAGGAAGAAGAGUGACAGCGCCAGCAGCCCCAGCGGAGGGGCCGACAAGCCCCUCAAGGGGUGACGGCUGGGACGGGGACGCCCCUUGCCGGUGAUCAGCUCACGCAGGGCUGGCCGGCCACCAAGAGGACAGCAUCUCGGAACUGCGGGUCCUCAUUCCUUGCCCAGGUCCUCAUCCCAUCUCCCCUGGUAGACUCUGUCCUGCUGGUCCCACUAGGAGUGGCUGGGGCAUCCCCAGCCCAGGGCCCUCCUAGCAGUUGGGAGGGUGGAGGGGGCCGGCCCCAAGGGCAGAGCGGGGGCUGACCAGCCCCAGUGGGGGAUCAGAUGUGGAACCAAAAACAGAAGAAAAAACUGUGAGAGAUUGUGUCUGCCCCUGCCCUGCCUGGGAGCCCACAGGGAGACUGUAAUCUCUGUAUUUUUUUACUCCCACUCCCCAGAGGGGCCCCAGAGCCCCUGUUCCUGAAUUACACAAGAAUGUAUCAUGCCGGGAAGCCAGAGACCUGCUGGGGCCCUCGGCCCCUCACAGUGUGUGUGUCUCUCCUUGAUGUGUGUUUGUGUCCAGUUUGGUUUUGUCUUUUUUAUUUGGCAAGUGGAGGAGGCCUUUAUAUGACUUUUAUGUUGUGAUUGGUGUCUUAACUCUCCUGGGGAAGAGGAGGCUGGAUAGAUGUGGAGUGGUUGGGGAGGGGCUGGUGCCCACGAGGGACAGAGAGGCUGACCAGGGAGGGAGGUGCCUGUCAGCCACAGGGUGCGGGGAGAGUAUACAGGGGUCUGCUCCUGUCUCUUUCCUCACCUUGAGAGUGAAGUGCUACCCCUCCUCAGCACACGCAACUCCUGGAUUCCGUAAGUCCUGCUGGUAUUGGGCUGGAGCCUAGGAAAGUGGCCCUGCCCUUCUCAGUGACCUAAAGCUGGGUGUGAAAUGUAGUCCUAAGAACAUUUUCUUUCAUUUUAAAUUUAGACCCAAGUUCACUGGCAGAGUCUGUUCUGACUUUCCUUCUCCCUCCUCGUUGGUGUUUUCCUGCGCCUGAGGUGGCCCAAAAGGGGAAGCUGAGCACCAUGAGAUGAGGCUAAAGGGGAGCUGACCUCUACUUCUCCCUCUGGUAAAAGAGGUCCCACCCGCUCCAGGCCAAGCACGCGGCAGGAUCUGGUGGGGUCCCUGUACUGAGCGGUGGGGAAAAGCAGAGGAGGCGGCUGCCCCGUGCCUGGCUUGGUCUGGACAGCAGAGCUUCGGCUUGCCUGUCCUUCCUCUCCAUCAUCUACACCUAGGAAGCACUUCCCCAAAUUACGUGUCUCCCAAGUUAGUUGCUACCAAACCAGUCUUGGGCAGAACUUUUUCCUUGUCUUUGGUAGUGGAGAGGGUUACUCAGGAAUGGUGUGGAGCUGGGAGUGGGCUAUGUGGGAGUCCCAAGGGAACUGGAGGUGGGCUGCGUUGAGGCAGGGUGGGGUGGGCAGGGGAUGGGGGCGGGGAAAGCUUGACAGGGAAAUUCUUUAGGCCACAUGGUUUACAAACCCAACAUCAUGUCUGUUUGUGUGUCUCUCAAGGUGAGAGUCUGAUUUUUAUACCAAAGAGGAAAUGAUUUUUUUUCAUAUUUUGUUUGUCUAUAUUAUAUAAAUAUAAAUAUAUAAAUAUAUAUAUAAAUAUAUAUAUAUAUAUAUAUACAGUUAUAUAUAUAUUAUUUUUUUGGUUCUCUCUCGUUUUUUAGGGAGGGAGGAAAGUACCAAGUUGCAAUGAGCUGUAAUUAAGGAACAUUCUGUAUAAUUUAUGACACAUUUCUAUACUUGCAAAAAUUAUAUCAUUUUAUGGAUAUAAGAGAAAAAUGCCUUUUUAUAAAAUUCCAGUUUCUGAGAA